AUGGACUCGAAACUCGCGCAGCUCGCAGGUAGUGUGCCGCAGAAGGACAAAGGCGCAGGAUUCAUCACACUUGUCAAUGAAAUCCUCGCACGACCACCUGCAGAACAAGCUUCGGUGGUCUCCGACAUCCACAAGGUGAUCGACACGGUGGUCAAUCAGGACAGCGUCGGUUUGGUGGUCGGCAGACAAGUCUUGUCCGAUUUCGUCAAAGUGCUCGGAGAUGGGCUGGUCAAGUCCACAGAGCUCCGAAAAUCUUUGGUCGAGGAUAUCUUGUCCAUCGUUCAGCCGCGGAUCGUGAACAUACUUCGUUUUCAACUAGCGGACAUAUUGGAGGAAGAAGAGGAAUGGAGCGAGGCUGCGCGCGUGCUCAUGGGUACAUCUCUGGAUUCUGGUCAACGCACGAUGUCCGAGACCGACAAACUCCGGAUGUACAUUCGAAUUGUCCGUCUACUUCUCGAAGACGAGGACUCUGUUCAAGCCGAAACAUAUUACAACCGUGCCGCACUGCUCGUUCAUUCUACAAACGACAAAGAGACUUUGCUCUCCUUCAAACUAUGCCAGGCCAGGAUCAUGGACUACAGCCGGAAAUUCCUCGAGGCGGCGAGCAGAUAUCACGAAUUGAGCUACGUGGGGGAUAUCGACGAGGAGGAAAGGCAGCAGAUGUUACUUGCUGCUGUGACAUGCGCCGUACUCGCUCCAGCAGGACCCAACCGAUCCCGCGUCCUCGCUUCUCUUUAUCGCGACGAGCGCACGAUAGAUCUCCCCACCUACAACAUCCUCUCGAAAAUGUUCCUUGACCACAUCCUCCGCUCUGCAGAAGUGCAUUCUUUCGAAGCUACGUUGAAGCCCCACCAACUGGCGAAGAUCGCCAUCUCCUCGAACGACCGACUGGCCUCUACCGCGCAGGACGAUGAGCUUGCAGAUGCCAACGAGCCGGCCAUCAGCAAACGCACGGGGCCGUCGACCGUGCUGGAUCGUGCGGUGAUGGAGCAUAAUCUACUGGCCAGCUCCAAGAUCUACAAUAAUAUUACGUUUCGCGGGCUGGGCUCUCUGUUGGAUCUGACGCCGGGUGCUGCGGAGACGAUGGCUCGGAAGAUGAUCGAGCAGGGACGGCUGCGUGGUUUUAUCGACCAGGUAGAUCGGCUCAUCUGGUUCGAAGGGAGCCGAGAGGAAGACGACGCGCAAGGCAAGGCUGGUGGAUUGGGCGAUGUCGAGGAAGCUGAGGACACCGGGGCCCCGUUCACGAAGCGUUGGGACAACCAGAUCCGGCUGACGGCAGCGAACGUCGAAUCCAUUGUACAACACCUGACUGAGAAAGGGCUCGUGACCCUGUCCGCCUCGGCUUAGACGGUGCCCCCCUCCGCUUGCCAGUUCACAAUGUAUUGUAACACAAUCGCACACUUUUUGAGACUACUCCUUCCUCUUCCUCUUCGCGCGUUCUCUUUUUGAGUCAAGUUCA